AGGACACUGGGGUAGCUCCGGGAAAUCGGGGGGUUUGUAGUCUGAUCCUGGCUUCUGCGUGUGUUUAGGCUCGAAAACAACACGGGGCAGAAAAUGUUUAGCCUUUAAAUCCUUUGUUUGCAUCAGUGUGGCCUGUGUGUAUAUAUAGGCUAAAUAUAUAUAUAUAUCAUCAGAGCUAACAGCAACAGAGCGCGCGCUACACAAGGUAACAGACGCGUUAGAAUUUUCGCGCUUUCCGCGUGCGCUCCUUUGACGUGUGAGGAGGAGAAGGAGGCCUACAGUGAGUCAAAAAAAACCCUUUAAACCUCACGUUUGUUCUUUAAACACGCCGGGUUGGGGCUGUGCACUGUGUUUCUCAGCCUAGCUGCGUGGGAACGAGUUCAUCUGAAGUUGGCCAUCCAACAGCUGAUCCUGGGUUAAGUGUGUACAGCACUGAAUCCAGACUGACAACUGGAGCAUACAAAUAACUGCCAGGCAACGGCUGAGAUGAAACCUGAUGGGGUUGCUACAACUCCGGCUGAGCCAACAGAUGAUGUGGUGGAGCCUGUUCCUGAAGCAGCUGCCACUGAGGAGCAGGUCCAACAAGACUCGAGCCCAUCAUCUCCACAGCCUAAUAAGCCUGAAAAUGAAGGUGAGCAAGAAGGAGCAAAUUCAACACUGCCUCCUCCUGCGAAAGAGGUCAAUGGGAAAUUCUCAAAACCUAAGGACAAAACUAAAGCCCCAAUGAAGACCAAGCCAGCAAGCACUAAAGCAACAAUCACAACAGGUGCUGCAUCUCGCCCUACUACCACUCAAAGCCAAGUGGCCAAUGGUGUUAUGAAGACCGCUUCAAAUGGUGCAAGCAAGAAACCUAUGAGUAUGACCUCAGAGAUCAAGAAAAAUGCCCCUGUUGGAGCAUCCACUCAAGUCAAGAAAGUGCCCACUGCUCCAAGGAUGCAGGUGAAGGCAGCUGAACAAAAAGCUGUUACGUCUGCCAGGCCAGUAUCCUCCACAAGUAGUGGGACAAGAAAAACAGUAGCAGCAUCCUCGUCAACACUGAGCAAAAAGCCAGUCACAGGAGGCAGCAAUGCUGUAGUCAAACCCAAGACCACAGCACCAAGGCCUGCUACUGCACCUGCUGCCAAAGCCAGUGUUUCAGCUGCCCCCAAUGCUGCCCCUAUUCCCAAGACAGCCAGGCCUACUGUAGCAACUGCUUCUCGUCCUACCACUUCCUCAGCGCCAGUUAGACUAACAACCACUGCUAGUAAAUCUUCAGCCUUAAGAACAACUGUCUCUGCUCCCUCUGCUGCCCACUCUGCAUCAUCACAGCCUUCCAAGGUCUCCACUACCAUAGCAGCUAAAAAAGAUAUAAAAACCACCACCAGUGCAGUGGCCAGAAAACCGUUAGCCUCUACCACCACACGCUCUACAGCUACAAAGGCCUCCAAACCUGAACCCCCCAAACCUGUUACAGCUGCCAAACGAUUACCUACAGACACUAAAACAUCUCAACCAAAAAUGGAUGAAACUAGGCAAGUACCAACACGGAAGGUCCCUCCAAGUCCCCGAAACACUUCCUCACGCACUGCUUCAGGCAAAAUGGCUACAGAGUUUGGUAACCACAAGCAGGGAGUAAGUAGUAACCUAGUCUCUGUGAAGCGUCAAACAGCCAAACCAACGCAAUCUGUUUUGCCAUUAGUCAUCAAAGGAAAGCCUUUAGAAGAACAGUCAUCAGAGUCUGUGGAACCCUCUGCAAUUUUGGAAACAACUGCCUCUGUAACAAGUGCAGCCAUAGCACCUGUAGAAUCUGUGGUAGAAGCACAAACUCCUUCAGUAGAGCUAGCACAGCCUGAUCAACAGACCAGUGCACUUGUGGAAGGUCAGGGAGAAGGAGUGCAAUUACCUGCCUCAGAGCCUACAAAUGUGGACAUUGUUUCCACCAAAGAGACAACAGAUGCUGACCCAUUAGCUAUACAGUCAGUAGCUGAUGUGCCUGUACUUUUAAUGUCUAAUCCUCCACCUGUUGUACCAGAAUCUGAAAAAAAUCAUGACUACACUGCGACCAUACCACCAAUGGCACAAGAGAUGACAGAGCAAGAAUCUGUAACUGCUUCACCAUGUGAGGUCCCCGCUAAGGACUUGGAGAUUGUUGAGAAGCAAGAGCAAAUAAUUCGCAAUCUUGAUGAUGAAGAGGAAGAGGAGAGGGAGGGCAGUCAGCAGGUGUCUCUGUCUGACAUGAGUGGUACACAGCCUACUGAAGAGUCCAGGCCUGGUUCAGCUGGUCUGGCUGGUUCAGUAUGGCGAGCAGGAGGCCUGCCCUCAGAAUUUGACUCUGAGGAUGUAAGCUGCAGCCAGCAGGGGGCCUCAGAGCUUAGUGCUCCUGGUGUUUUAGAGGGCACUGAAAGUAUGGAUGAUCUAGGUGAGGCUAGCCUAAAAGGUGCUGAUGGUGAAGGUGCAUCAGCUGGCUCUCCAGACUUUGAGAAGUUCCCUGAUAUUCUGGUCAAUGAAGAUGAUGAUAAUGAUGACGACGAUGAUGAUGAUGACGAAGAUCGUGUUGAUGAUAUGGAAGUAGGAUCAGAAAUGACAGAAGACCCACACAGGCAGUGCAAUGAUAAUGAGGAUGAAGACGAUGAUGUGGAGAUGGCAAGUGAGGGUGUUACGGAGAGUGGCCUUGAAAGUUAUGGAAAUGCAGAUGAAGAUGACUUGGCAGAAGACUACAGAUUGGACAACUUGAACCGUAUGCAGCCUUCAUCCAUUGUUCCUACUGCCCUUUCUGCAGCAAAUCCUUUUGCUGAUGCCUGGAUGCAGUCACUACAACCAGAUCCUACCCUUGACUCCAGUCCUUCUUCCAACCCUUGGCAAACAUACUCAGAAUUGCCUAACCAACCUGCCGCUCAAGCCUGUCUGGAUAUUGGAAAUGCCAAAACAGAUCUAUCCUCAACUCAGCCUCCAGCUCUUACGGAUCCUGUUCCAAGCUCACCUCAGCCUUCUUCAGAGCCUGCUGCAGAGAUGGAUAUGGGCAUCAAACCAGGCUUGGCAUCCCAUUCCCAACGCAUUUCUCAGUCUAGCACUUUGCUUGGCACAGAACUAGCCAUCCAUACUUGCAGUGAUGCAAGCACACCUGAGGAGCUAAAAGACUACAGUAUAAGCCCUGGACUAGAGAACCAAAAACAGCCCUUACCAGCUAGCCCAAUUCCUGUUGCUUUGCCAGACAUCAUGCAGGAUUUAGGUAUCUGUAGAUCUGAUCGUGCAGGAUCUGAACAUGAAGAGGAAGAACCUGAGACUCUGCCUGCAGAUGACAUGUUGGCUGGUCUGUCAACGGUGACAACUUCUGCACCAUCCUCCCAUUCUUCUGCCACAGGGGAUGAGGCUAGUGACACAGAAGGGGACAUGCAGAUCAGUGACCCUACUGAACCUGGUUCCACUGGAAACGAAUGCUUUGAUAGCACCCAAGUUGUCCACAGCAUGUCAGCCUUGGUGGAGGAAUGUGAGGAGGCCUGUGUUGAGAUGGAGGGAGGUGGUGGUAGUGACACGCCGCAGUCUGCCACUUCAGCUGCCUCCUAUGGUUUUGAGUGCACCACCUCUAAUUCUAAUGCCCAAUCUACCACAGAGAGCUGUAUCAAAAGCCCAGGCAUUUUUUCUCUCGAAAAUGAAGAGCAGCUUCCGGAUGAGGCCAAAGACCCAUCACUUAUUAAGGAGCUGAACCUUUCACCUGCCUGUGCUCCUGCAGAUGUUGACCUCCUUGACCAGCAAGGGGAGCUUCCGGUGAACUCAGAGCAGCAGUACAUGCUUUGUGAGAAGGUCACUGAGGAGUUGCCAGAGCCUUGCUCACUAGGAGGCACUGUCCCCACUGAGACAGGCUUGGAUAGCGCUUCCUCCUCGGAGCACCAACAAGACUUGGAUCUUAACGCACCACAUCCCUACUACUCCACAAUAUGCGAAAAGACUGAUAGCUUCUUGACAGGAAGUGACAUCUGUGCUCAGCAGCAAGGAAAGAUACCCACAGUCCACACAGCAAGGCCACCCAAGCAUCAUUCUGGACUACGUGUGGAUCAUGUGACACGUCUGCCUACUGAUCUUCCCCCCAGAAUGCCAAAUGCCGGGUGCAGCGCUCAACUCCGUCAGCUAGAACGUCAUCAGCAGCAGCUUGAGGAGAUUGAACAGCGGAGGGAGCAACAGAACCUAAGGGCUGAGAAACAAAUGGAGGAAGGAGAGGGAGAGAAAAAGGAGGAGAAAAACCAAGGUGAGGGAGAGCUUGAACAGAAGACCUGGGAGGAGAAAGAGAGGGAGUUGGAGGAAGAGAGGAGGGAUCUGCUCCACCUGCAAAUUCAGCAGCAGCAGCAGGAGCUGAAGCAGAGGCAGCAGAUCAUGCAGUGGCAACAAGAGCUGGAACAACAGCAACAACAAAGUAAACACCAAAACAGCCACCAGAAGAAUUUAACUACAGUUCUUCUGUCACCUUCUGGGCUUUGCACUAUUUAUGAGGCACUAGAGUCCAGUGAUGCAGAAGAAGAUUUUGAAGACAAAAUGGAAUCGAAAGAAAUGGUGCUGAAAGUAAAGGUAGAAAAUGAAUGCUCCCCCAAAGAGAGAAGUAGCAUCCCAGAGGCAGGCUCCAGUUCAGAUAACCCAGAUUCUACUAAUCCCAUUCAGUACCAUGAAGGGCUAACUCACUCUCUGGCCUUGGAUAGCCCUCCUCUUUUUGGAUCCAGCUCUCCCCAGCAGCCUUCUCCUCUGGAGCUUGACUGGAGCAAGAAAGCAGACAUUGUCCAGCAGCUGAUUAACCAGACAUUAUUAUUAAAUGGGGACAACUGCUCCCCACUUUUGCUCCUUCCUGGUGGGGCUGCUGGGACACUGAGCCCACUUGAGAUGAGCCUGUGGCCCAGCCUGCCCCCACUUACUCCACCUUCUGCCACAGUGACUUCUGUUAGCAGCUUCUCAGCUGAGAUUUCUGGCAGUUCUCCACAAGGGGAGUGGACAGUAGUGGAGCUAGAGACUCAUCAUUAAGGCCUACUGUUGGGGUAAGCAAACUAAAAAAUAACAACUACAGCUGUAGGAUGUAGAGGGUAGGAAUGAGAAGCAUCUACAGGAUUCCGUUUUUACGUUGCGAGCAGCAAUUUCUGAAAGUGAAUUUUUCAGAACCAUAAAUUUCGUAACACUCAACGCUAUUCAUGUGAAAACUGUCAGUGUUGUUCACAAUGAUGCUGUAAUUUUCUCCUGUGUACACUCUCCCCAUGUCUCCACCUAAUUCUACUGGAUAGCCAGAAAUAGACUGCACUGACGCGCUAACAGUUUAUUAUGGUAAUUCAUUUUGUACUUGCCCGCCUCUGCUAGACCGCCAUGCCAUAUCACACCAGCUCUCUGAGUCAGCGAGCCAUUUACUUGAUCGGAUUAUUGCAAGUAUCUGGCAGUCUUUCCUUUAUCAUGUAGCUGGGUAGAACAGAGUAGAAGGCACUUCUUGCCUUGUUUGCAGACAAUGUUCUUGAUGGCUUGCAUGCAAGUAAGAUUGCACUAUUAAGCAUGGAAGUUAAUUGAAAUGAUUUAGAAUUAACUAAUAAUGUUGGCAAUAAGUUCUAAAGCAUUAAUGUGAUUAGCCAAGAUUCAUUUUCUCUGUUAAUUUAAGUUUUAACUGAUGCUGUAUUUUAAGUAAAGUAAAGGAAUAGUCUUGAGGUUGAUACCAGCUAACUGGUCAAAUUAUGAAGGAAUGAAAGGCAUCAGCAAUACAUAGGAAGACAUAAGGCAUUUUUAGUAUAUUGAUGCUAAUGGGGAAAGUCGUUUACAGGAAAUUGAGCUAUCGGAUGAAAUGUUAAGGACUUAAUCAAGAUGAAUACUCUGAGACUAGAAACAUUGGUAUCAUUAUACAGUAAUUCCACUAAAAUGGAAAGGGGGGGAGCGGCGUUAUGGUGCUACUAAUAUUUCUGGAAUGCAGUUUUGAUUAUGGUAAAUAUUGAUGAGCACAAUUUGAUACAAAAACCUGGUUGUAUCAUCUUGAACUGUUCUGAUGCAGUGAUGGACCAAACCCUUAACGGUAGGCAACACUGUCGAAAGCCAUAUUUAAUCUCUCUUUGUGCCUCAUUAAUAUUUGAGAUCAGGACCGUCAUUUUAGGUUGUGUGAAUGGAUUUUGCCAUCUUGUGUAUUAUUCUACACUGUGACUGACGGGAAAUGUACAUGUCAAAUUCUAUAAAAGGUCUUGUAAUGUUUCAUGUUAUAUGGCCCCUUUCUUGUGAAAUGUCAUUCCUGUAUGUUGUAAUUGUCCCCCUGUAACUGUAAUUGUCCUUAAAGCUCAAAAGGAUUUGGUUAAAUUUAAGGGUGCAGAUGGAAUGUUGUAGCCCUUGACACUGCAUGCUCAAUCCAAAUGGGUCACAACUGUGUGUAGAUGCCCAUAAAAGUAGAUUUAAAGUCUUGUUUUCAGUAAGUAUAGGUAUUUGUAGAAAUGUCUUUUUACAUUUUGUCUGUGUAUUGAGAUUUUUUAAAAAUUUAUAUUCAAGAUUCCACUAAUAGUUUAGUCACUGAACACUGAAAUCAGGGAAUUAAGUCUCCAAGUAUAUUCAGACUAGUACUACUGUUGCUGUCAUGACAAAAGUUCAUGUCUUGAUGCCAGCAUUGAUCAGGAAUAGUGUAUGCCAGACAUGCUGGACUUGUUUGUUUAAUAAUUCACUGUAAAUAUAACAAUCAGGGAUUAAUGAAAAACAAAGGGAUCAGAAUUAUUAGAGUUAAAUCCAAAAACUCAUAUGAACUGUGAUAACAUUCUGCACAACAAAUGGAAAUGUAAUUAUUAGUUUUGUUCUGUACUACUUUGUGUAUAUUUUUGUAAUUUAUUUUAAAAUGAAGGAAUGUAUUUUUAUAUUUAGUUUGUAGAUGUUAUCAAAACCAUGGCAGCUCAACUUAUUUUUCAGACUGUGUAUGUUACUCUUUGUCUGUUUCAUUGCUGAAAGAAAAAAAUAAAACUGGACUGGUAGAUGGUAAAA